GAGUCAAAGCAUUUCCACAUUCUACUAGGGAGAGUCAAAAACCCAGAGAACACAUCAGUACAUUACACUCCCGUUUUCCUUCGCUUAAACAAACCUCUGCCUGCAAAAUCCCCCAGUUUUAAAACCCUAAAUAAACCCCCACCGAUAAGAUGCCGGCGCCGGCGGCACCAAAUUCCGACGACCAAUUAUCUCUCUUCUCACCACCUCCAUCUUCUCCAAAACAACCCAUAAUCUACCCUCUUCACCAUUCUCUCUCCUCCCCAGUUUCUCGCAUCGCCAUUAGCUGGUCCCGCGGCAACACUCUUCGACUCUCUCUUCUCCCUCAACCCUCCUCCAAUGGCGGAAUAGAAGUAAAUGAUGGUGAUGAUUCUUCCGGUGGUAGUGUGGUGGAGGUGAAGCUAUCCGCCGGCAAUGGCGGAAUUGACGAUGAUGCGCAGUGGAGGAGGAUCGUAUAUGGCUCCGUUGCUCCUUUUGCGAUGUUUCAGAGCCGAAAGAAUUCGGCUUUCUCUUUUUCCAAGCUUCCGGUUGGAGCUUUAUCCAAUGUUGAUUGGUGGGAGUAUGUCAUGGAGUACAGCAAGGAGAUAAACUCACUUCUCGGUACAACAAAGUCAAUGGCUAGUUCAAUUGUUGAUGACCCAAGAAGAAUUCUGAUGGUAGAUGAGGAGCCAACAAGUUUAAAAGCUGCAUGGGAGCUAUUGGAAAUUUUUUAUGCAGACAAACAGUCUCAAGCUUGGCUACCUGAACGUCUUGUGGAUUGGCUAGCUGACUAUGAUAGCCUAUUUUCUGAAACUCAGUUUACGGUGUACUCAAAACUUGUGGAUUUGCAGCAACGUCUUUUGAACAUGCAGACGAUUGAGGAUGAUCAAAAGUACUGGGAUUGUUUAUCGUCAGCGCUAGCUCUUGGCUGGUUGGAUAUUGUGGUUAAAUUGUUGCGUCUACAUGGGUCUUAUCAACUUGAUCAGCUUAGCAGGCGUGAGACAGAGAAUGGGCUUGUGGAAGCAGUAGUUGUUCUUGUUUCAAAAAUGCCACGUCUACGUCCUGAACUACAAGCUGGAAGAUUGGGGGAAUGCUAUAAAAAUAAGACUGACUUCAUCAAGGGUUGGGAAACAUGGCGUGCACGAGUUACUAAGCUGGAGUGUAGUGGUUACUGGGUUCAGUGCGGCCACCAGAAAACCAGGGAGGGUUUGAGAAAAAUUCUACAGAUUAUGCUGGGAAACACUGAACAUCUUUCUGCUACAACAUGUCAUUGGGUUGAACUUUACAUAGCUCACUUUAUAUACAUCAGGCCCUUCACAGUGGGGUUCGAAAGUUUGUACAGCCAAGCUCAGAAAUGCAUCCAGCUGAAGCCUGUAUCUCAUCCUCAUAGCUUGAUGGGACUUAUGGUUGGAAUUCUUGGAGAAAAUACUGAGGUUGUCUUAGCAGAAUGCUCUAGAGCUUUUGGCCCAUGGAUGGUGACCCAUGCCAUUGAGUUGUUGACUGCUGGAAAUGAUCAGUCAGAAAUUCUUUUGCAUGAAGUGCGCCAGAAUCUAGGAGGAGUUAGUAUUGAGGAGCUCCAUCGACUUGUUUAUGCUCAAGUUCUUGCCUCUAAUCAAUUAACAUGGCAGAUUGCUCCAGUAUAUUUGACAUCUUGCAGGCCGGGAAUGGGAAUGUUAGAGAUUUUACUGUACAGGCAACCUGUACACUUAAAGCAAGGAUUGCUCAAAAACCUAGAGAUCUGCCGUUUGUAUGAACUUGAUACUGUCAGUUCAAACAUCAUGAAGAUUGCUGGUGUACAUCACUGGAAGCAUGGUCGAAAGGGUUCUGGUAUCUUUUGGCUUCAACAAGCUCAGGAUGAAAUUCGUCUCAAUAAAAUUGCUCAACAGCUGUUUGAUUUUGUUGGGAAAUCAGUAUCUGAAGAGAGCUUCAAGCAAUGGGAAGGAUUGAUUGAAUUAUUAGGCUCUGACACAAGAACUGCUGGGGGUCUAGAGUUUCUGCACAAGUACAGAGAUUUCAAAAGAUCCCUGCAGCAAGUUGUUGAUGGGAAGGCUACUGAUGCUGCAAGGCAAGCUGUGGAAUCCCUCAUUCUGCUCAUGAAGAACCCAUCUACGCCUCAGCAAUUCUGGUUACCUCUUCUUCAUGACUCGUUGAAGCUACUCACAUGGCGGGAGGGUCCCCUUCUUGAUGUCGCACAGACCAACCUAUUACUGAAUAAGCUCCAAGAGUUGUCCAUGGCAAGGAUGCGCCCUGAUUAUGUUGAAGCUGACUUGCCAACCCAAGCCUUGAGUACUGUCCGGUUGGCUCUUGCUACAAAUCUUGGGCGUGCUAUUCUUGAAGAACAGUGACAUUUUGUGCAAUUUUGGGUCUAUUCAGCUGUGUAUCACAGCUUUCCCGUCAUUGGUUUGGGAAUUAUUGACAUGGAGCCAUUCACGAAGAUCAACCAGGUGCACAGUAGAGUCUUAUAUUUUUAAAGAGGUGACCCCCGUAUUUUAAACACAGUUGCUGCCGCACUUAACCGCUUUAUCCUCUUUGAAGUAUUAUGUUAGUGAUGAGCCAACAAAUACUUAAAUGGUACUCAUACCAGAUAAUCAUACUCAAUUAACUGAGUAAUGGCUAAUCAGAUAUAUUUUAUACCCCUCUUGAGCACCUUGGUAAGAGAUGUAGCAGCAUUUCAUGGUGAGUGGUGACAAGAUUGGAGCUGUUAAGAGAUGUAUUAUAGUUAGUGGCUAUAGUGAAGAUUUAUGUAAAACACACUCUGCACUAUGCCUUCAUACUCUGUAUGAGAUAUAAGUUCUGGUAAUAUUUAUAUUGGCUUACCUUUA